AGUAUGUUGUGGAUGAAUUUCAUAGACCAUCAAAUUCACUCUUUCUUUUUUUAUCCUACAAGUGUUGACGAUUGUUCAUACAAUGUCAAGCUUGUCCGCUGAAUCAAUUUUAGCGCUUAAAAAGCAACAGCUUGCAGCUCUCGAUUAUACUCAACCUAGAGUUGUAAGCAAUGCACCUUCCACUACUUCACAAAGCUCUACACCAAAAUCAAAUGGUUCUUCAAAGAAGAAGAAACAAAAGACCGUUUACUCGCAACCAACUGAUACCGGUGUCGUAAAACAUACCUUGAGUCAGCUUCAUAAUGUCAUUCGCUUUUUGAAGGAGAGAGUGGAUGUUCCUCAAACAGCUGAAGAUCUCAAAUUAAACAAGAUCGCUGAUAUAAAUGCCAAUAAAGAACUUUAUAACCAUAUGAUAAAUAAUGAAAAAAUUCACUACAAUAGUGUUGAUCACACAUUUCAAUAUAAACCAGAUUAUGCUAUUCGAUCCAAGGAAGAUUUAUUAAAUCUUUUAAAGGAAAGACAAGAGAAAGAAGGAGUUUCGCGGGGAAUGCCAUAUAGAGAAUUAGAUGAUUGUAUAGAUUUGACUAAUUCAAUCAAGGAAUUAGAGAGCGAGGGUAAAAUAAUGGUGAUACGUUUGAUGAAGGAUGGUACACCUAGAUUACUCUAUUACAAUGAUCUACAAUUUAAUACUCCUAUGGACAAAGAAUUCGUUGAGAUGUUUCAUAAUGUUAAAGUACCAGAUGAGAGUGAUUUGAAGAAAUCACUUGAAGGAGCUGGUUUACGAACUAUGGCGGUACUCGAGAAUAAAACUCGUGCAGAGGAUAAGCCAAAACAAAGAAAGAGGAAGCAACCAAAUAGAAAAAUUAAAAUCACUAACACUCAUUUGGAAAAUUUUCUUAUGCCAACAAAAUCUUAAAAAAUACCUAAGAAUUAUGACAAAAUAUUUUGUUUACUUUUUUUUUUUCUUUUUUUUUUUUUUUUGAUAUAUAUUAUAUUACUAUAAACAUUUUGUUACCUUGAUUAUAUCAAGCUUAAUAUAUAAACAUUUAGUUGUUUGUUUUUGCAAUUUGAAAGCUUUGCUGAAAAAAAAUAUAAUUUACAAAAUGUUGACGUUUUAAUGAUGGUAAACAAAUUAUUAAAUAAAUUGGCAAAGAAAAAACUUAAUUUUAUUUAUGUUUUAUUAUUCUUAUUAAAAAAUAAACAAAUCGUU